AUGAUGAUACAGAAAAUAAUAUUGUUACUGAUAAUGUCAAAUAUUAUAUAUUUCCUAGUUUAACAAUUGCAAAUAUUUCUGACUUUAUUUUCAAGACUAUGAUUUUAACAAAAAUUGAAUAUAUUUUAACAAUAACAAACAUUUAUCAUUUAGAAAUUUUUGAAAAAGAAAUCUCAAUUUCUAUAUGUUAGCGUCAACAGAUGACACUAUGUCAACGCUAACUUUAUUGAACGAAGUUCAAUUAGUUUCUUUUUAUUUUCUCAUUUGUCGGCGUCUUCCUUUUCGUUCUGUAGUUAAUUGGAUUUUUCUCUUUCGUUCGUUCAAUAGUAAGAUUUCUCUUUUUCGUUCUGUCUAUCUCUCUCUUUAGAAUUUUUUCUGAUUUUGACAUCGUUCAGUUGCUCUUUUGUUUCGAUGCAGACCAGUAGCAUUUACUACUAACUCUCCUGUGUGUGUGUUAUUUUGUCUUCAUGAAAUAAAUUAUCCAGUUGAACUGAUCUCACAUCCCCUCCUUAGCUGAUCACGUUACCUUUGGCCAUCAAGGUAAGACCCCUUUAUAUUCUAUUAUAACAUCAUCACAAACGUUGACCUAACACUAUAUUGAUUCAAAUUCUUAAUCUAUUAUCACAAAUAAUUACAUUAAAAAUUCAUUCAUUAUCAACAAACAAAAGAAAAUUAACGGAUGAAGAAUUUUAUAUUUUAUAUUUAGUGAAAAAGAGAAGUAAAAUUACCAAAGUUUAUCUUGAACAGAUUAAUAAUGUUAAACAACUUAAUGUUAUUUUCAAACUUUGUCCAUCUAUGAAAUAUUUUAAAAAAAUUAAAUAUAAUAAUGAUCAUCAUCCUAAUUCAUUAUGUCUUAAUAUUUCAACAGCAGAUGAUAAAAUACUUGAAGAUAUUAAAGAAACAAUUAAAUAUGAAAAUCUACCUCCUCCUUUUAUAAUUAAACGUAUAUUAGAUAAUGUUUGUUUAACCCUUUAG